AUUGUCUAUCCGGCAGUGGACGCAUUUCAUUGCUUUCAAUUGUGGGUGAGCAAUUUUCACGCGUAGUUUUGCUGCGGUCUCAAUCCGGCAUAUGUUUUCGGACGGACUGUAGGCGUAAUUGUUCGCGGAAUUGGUAACGGUGGUCAGUUACGUGAGCUUCAGAGGAUCGAGCGGUUGCAGACAGUAAUUGUUCGCCGGCACGAGCACAAGGAACCGAGAGAGCGAGUGAGCACGCAAGAAAGAUAGGAAGUAACACAAUCCUAUCACCACCGGGACGGGACAGCUAAGUGUUGGUAGUCACAAUUCGACCAGCAGCGCGGUCGGAACCCCUUUGAAACCCCCGCGCUCGAGCGCCCACCAUCGAAGCCGAUGCGCAUACUGGAACGACUGAAGCACAAAGCAAAGUCCACAUUGAGAGGUUUGAAUGCGCGCACCGCUAGCACUCGGAACAGAAUGGAUUCGCCAGCAGCAACAGCAUCAGAAACGGGUCAAAACAAACAGAGUUUUGUGGAUAAGCGAAAGCAGCGAUCCCUGCUCAAAACCAUCAUCAAUGUUGGUCACAAGUUUGUGGUACUGCUAGUGCGAUGGCUGCUCAGAACGAUCUACGGCGAGAAGGGAAAGAAGAUGCCCCCGAUCCGGAACUUGAUCCUGAUGGAGUCCGCCUCGUCGCUGGCGUUGAAAAUUCGAACCAGAAAGCUCACCAGCGUUGAGGUGAUGGAGACCUUCAUCGAGCGCUGCAAGGAAGUCAACCCACUGCUGAACAGCGUCGUCGAUGAGCGCUACGAAGCCGCCCUGAAGGAUGCCAGACUUGCCGAUGAGCUGAUCGCCUCGGGAACCCUAACCGAGGAGCAGCUAGCCACCGAAAAACCAUUCCUGGGUGUUCCCAUCUCGACCAAAGACUGUAUUAAAGUUAAAGACCUUCUCCACACGGCCGGAAUCUGGAAGCGGCGAACGAUACGCGGAGAGAAAGAUGCACGUGCGAUGGAACUCAUGCGAAGAGCCGGAGCCAUUCCGUUUGCACUGACAAACGUUUCCGAGUGCUGCAUGUGGUGGGAGAGCGUCAACACAAUCCACGGCCGUUCGAGGAAUCCAUACGACACCAAUCGCAUCGUGGGUGGUUCCAGCGGGGGCGAAGGAGCCAUCCAAGCGGCUGCCGCUUCUGCGUUUGGUUUGGGCUCGGAUAUCGGCGGAUCGAUCCGCAUCCCGGCGUUCUUCAAUGGAAUAUUUGGCCACAAACCCUCGCCCCAUAUCGUCUCGAAUGAUGGACAGUAUCCGGAGCCGAUCAGCGAGCAGCAGGAGAUGUUUUUGUCCAUUGGACCGAUGUGCCGCUACGCCACUGACCUGAAACCCAUGCUGCGUAUUAUCGCCGAGGACAACGCCAAGAAGCUACGCCUGGACGAGCCGGUGGAUCUGAAACAGGUCAAAUUCUUCUACCAACUGAACGACGGCGGCGGCAGUUUGGUUUCCCCAGUGGAUUUGGACAUUCGCGAUGCUAUGGAGAAGGUUAUGGCUCACUUCCGAACCACCGUGAAGGCGGAGGUUCGCAAGGUGUACCUGGACAAGUUCAGAAAAUCUGCCCCCAUUUGGUUCGGAAACAUGAAGCACGAAAACGAGAUUGGCUUCGAUGCCCAGCUGGUGAAUCUGGAGGGAAAGAUCAACCCGUGGGUGGAACUACUCAAGUGGGGUAUCGGGCAAUCGAAGCAUACCUUCGUGGGAAUCAUGACGGCCGUCACCGAAAAAGCUGGCAUUCAGUACGGAUCUGAAAAGUAUCACUACAUGGUCCAGCAGCGGGAUGAGUUGCUCAGCGAAAUGAAGAUAAUGCUCGGCGAAAACGGAGUGUUUAUCUAUCCCACCCAUCCAACGGUUGCGCCAUAUCACACCGAACCCAUCGUUCGUGCCCUUAAUUUCGGUUACACCGGCAUCAUUAACGUUCUGGGGCUACCGUCGACUGCGAUACCGCUGGGUUUGGGCCACGAGGGACUGCCAAUUGGAUUGCAAGUGGUGGGUAAUUUGAACCAGGACAGAUUGUGCCUCGCCGUGGCUUGCGAAUUGGAGCGCGCCUUUGGCGGAUGGGUGGCCCCGGAGGUGUUGGCUUAACCGACAGAUUGGUUGGUAAACACAUUAAGGGUAAUAUGCGGAAUAAAUCCGAGAGAAACGUUCGGCAGCAAAGGAUGGUAAGCGAGUGUUAGUUGACGGUUGCAAUCGGAUCAAUUAUACAAUAAAAUUGAUCUUUGUAUGUGUGAGAUUGUAACACUAAGAGCACUUUGAUACUAUUUUUUGUUUAGUGACGUAUUUUAUGAGAAAUAUAUGUAUACAUGGUUGUCAAUGGUUAAAUAA